CCCCCUUCCGCGCUUUGCGGCCGCGGCCCGGCCUUCUUUCCGCGCUCUCCAAGAUGGCGGUGUCCGGGACCCUGUACACGUACCCCGAGAACUGGCGAGCCUUCAAGGCCCUGAUUGCCGCUCAGUACUCGGGCGCUCGGCUCCGCGUGCUCUCCACCCCGCCGCACUUCAGCUUCGGCCACACCAACCGCAGCCCCCAGUUCCUCAAGAAGUUCCCCCUGGGAAAGGUCCCGGCCUUCGAAGGCGACGACGGAUUCUGCGUCUUCGAGAGCAACGCCAUCGCCUACUAUGUGAGCACGGAGGAGCUGCGGGGCAGCACCCCUGAGGCCGCAGCCGCUGUCCUGCAGUGGGUGAACUUCGCCGACAGCGACGUCGUCCCCCCGGCCAGCACCUGGGUGUUCCCCACGCUGGGCAUCCUGCACUACAACAAACAGGCCACGGAGGUGGCGAAGGAGGAGGUCCGGAAGGUUCUGGGGGUCCUGGACGGGCACCUGAGAACCAGAACGUUCCUGGUGGGGGAGAGGGUGAGCCUGGCCGACAUCAGCCUGGUCUGCGCCCUGCUCUGGCUCUACAAACAGGUGCUGGACCCGGCAUUCCGGGGCCCCUGGAACGUCACGCGCUGGUUCCUCACCUGCCUGAACCAGCCCCAGUUCAAGGCCGCUGGCGAGGUGCAGCUGUGCCAGAGGAUGGCCCAGUUCGACGCCAAGAAGUUUGCGGAGAGCCAGGCGCGCAAGGACAAGACAAGGAGGCCCCAAGAAGGGGAGAAGGGGGAGAAGGAGCCCCCCAAGAAGGAGAAGCCCCCCCGGAAGGAGGAGAAGCGGCCGCAGCCCGAGGAGGCUGACGAGUGCGAGCAGGUCCUGGCAGCCGAGCCCAGCAAGGACCCCUUUGCACACCUGCCCAAGAGUCCGUUUGUCCUGGACGAGUUCAAGCGCAAGUACUCCAACGAGGACACGCUGAGCGUGGCCCUGCCCCAUUUCUGGGAGCACUUUGACCGCGAGGGUUGGUCCCUGUGGUACUGCCAGUACCGGUACCCCGAGGAGCUGAGCCAGACCUUCAUGAGCUGCAACCUCAUCACAGGGAUGUUCCAGCGCCUGGACAAGCUGAGGAAGAACGCCUUCGCCUCCGUGGUGCUCUUUGGGAAGGACCACGACAGCAGCAUCGGGGUCUGGGUCAUGAGGGGGCAGGAGCUGGCCUUCACGCUGUGCCCGGACUGGCAGGUGGAUUACGAGUCGUACACCUGGCGCAAGCUGGACCCCGACAGCGCCGAGUGCCGGACGCUGGUGACCGAGUAUUUCAUGUGGGAGGGCGAGUUCAGGCACGUGGGCAAGCCCUUCAACCAGGGCAAGAUCUUCAAAUGAAAUGGGGCAAAUUCCUCGGGUUUUGGGCAAAAAAUCCGGGUUCCAGAGCCUUUCAACCAGGGCAAAAUCUGCAAAUAAAAUCCCGUGAUUUUGGGCAAAAA